GGCAAAGAGGAAGGAGCAGGAGCAAGGGACGGCGGCGGCAGGAGCAGGAGCAGGAGGAGGAGUGAUGAGUCAACUAAUAAUUUAAUGGGGACAGAGCGAGCGAGAGGGAGAGAGGGCGAGAGCGAGCAAGCCAAGCUGCGUCCGGGGGACACACACACACACACACAGCCCAGUAACAUCCAGCAACAACCACCAAACCGGCCUAAAUAACUGUUAUAGCCAGCCGAGGGACAACAAGAAUUUGAAAUCUCACAGGAUUAAUUUAUUAUUGUUUUUUGGACUUAGAAAUCAUCAUCAUCCUUCUUCAAGACAUCGGUCUGCAAAGGAAAUCUCCUUUGUUUCCAUUAUUUAUAUGCUGUCAAGUUUUGAAGUGGUGAUCUUUAGAGGCGGGACUGAGUAUGGAUCAUUUGAACGAGACAACUCAGGGGAAAGAACAUUCAGAAAUGUCUAACAAUGUAAGCGAUCCGAAGGGUCCACCAGCCAAAAUUGCCCGCUUGGAACAGAAUGGGAGCCCAUUAGGAAGAGGAAGACUUGGAAGUACAGGAACUAAAAUGCAAGGAGUGCCUUUAAAACACUCUGGACACCUGAUGAAAACACAAACUAGAAAAGGAACCAUGCUUCCAGUUUUCUGUGUUGUGGAACAUUAUGAAAACUCCAUUGAGUAUGAUUGCAAGGAAGAACAUGCAGAAUUUGUUUUAGUAAGGAAGGACAUGUUAUUCAACCAGCUGAUUGAAAUGGCAUUAUUAUCACUUGGAUAUUCUCAUAGCUCUGCUGCCCAAGCAAAAGGACUGAUCCAGGUGGGGAAAUGGAACCCAGUUCCUCUAUCCUAUGUAACAGAUGCUCCUGAUGCUACAGUAGCUGACAUGCUGCAGGAUGUUUAUCAUGUGGUCACACUGAAAAUCCAGUUGCACAGUUGCCCUAAACUAGAAGACUUGCCUCCUGAACAAUGGUCUCACACAACAGUAAGAAAUGCUCUGAAGGAUUUAUUGAAGGAUAUGAACCAGAGUUCAUUGGCCAAGGAGUGUCCCCUUUCACAGCUUGAGACUAAGGGACACCUAAUUCAUUUUGGAGACAGAUUUGCACUUGGAACUUCCUGAUUUACAGCUUGGUCUUGAUUCUGA